AUGUCAUUACUAGAUAGUUUUAUUAAAUCCUCGGAUAAGGUUGUAGAAUUUGAGGCUUAUUUAGCGGAUCUACCCAUAGGCAGUCAUAGUAUUUGCUCACUAGACAUCCAUAAGGAUGAAAUACUAAUACGUUGGUCAGAUUUUCGAAAAAGUUAUGAUAAAAUAUUACUGGAUUAUGGCUCACUGGAAGAAGAAGUUACUAUGGAAAGUAUUAAAGAUAGAUUUUACAAAACAUACGGUUCUCAUGUAAGAGCCUUAUCCAAAGUCAAGGAAAUUUUAGAUUCAUUUCCUGCGAAAGAUUCUCCAAUUUCGCAAACUGAAGCCCCUACUACUAGUUACAUACCUAAUAUUAGCCUUCCCCCAUGUGACACGGAGGUAUUUUACGGAGACUAUGUCUCCUGGCCAAGUUUUCGCGAUAUGUUUUCAGCGCUUUACGGAAACAACCCACGUUUAACUAAUAUUGAAAAGCUUUGUCAUCUGCUGAAAAAGACGCAGGGUGAGGCCCACGACAUUUUAAAAACAUGCCCCUUGAACAAUCAUGGCUUUGAAAUGGCCUGGCAAAACCUUGUUGACAGGUAUGAAAAUAAGAGGGUUCUCAUCAACGCACAACUUAAAAUAUUAUUUAACCUCUCACCUGUCACCAAGGAAUCAGGACCUAAUAUAAAGCGAAUUCAAAGAACCAUAAAUGAUUGUGUCACGAAUCUUACACUCUUAGAUAUACGGACAGAUAAUUGGGAUGUAAUAUUUGUUUUCGUGUGCUCCAUUUCCCUACCUGAUUUGACUCUAAAUCUAUGGGAACAAUCCCUUCGUGAUAGCUCGGAUCUUCCCACAUGGAAACAGAUGGACGCAUUUUUGACUGCUAGAUACCAAACCCUCGAGUCUGUAACGGAUAUUAGGUCAUCGAUGAGUAACAAUCAUUCGACAACAACUCGUAAAAAUAACCCUAAUAAGAAAUCUCAUUCUUUUGAAUCUCGUAAGCUUCAUAAUUACCAAACUAAUGUGACUUCAAAUCCCCCUCGAAAAUGCACCCUAUGUGAAUUAUCACAUCCUCUAAGAUUAUGCCCCACAUUUCUUAAAAUGACAGUCGAAGAAAGGUCCGAUGUAGUAAAAAGAGAGAAACGGUGCUUCAAUUGUUUAGCCACCUCACACAGUAUUAAACAAUGUCAAAGCCAAUAUGUUUGCACUCUGUGCAAAAAGAAACAUAACUCUCUCCUUCAUCGUUCUGAUACUCCAAAUACUCCUGCUCAGAAACAACCAUCUCAUUUAACUGCGACUACAACUCCCAACUCUAAUAACCAAGAUAACUCACGUGUUUCAAAUACCUACCACACACCCAAGCCUCUACUAGAAACCCCCACAUCUUCCCAUCAAAUUGCAUCUAAACCCAGACAGGUAUUUGCCACCAAACUACAGUCCACACUAACACAUUCCAUAGUACUUGGUACAGCCCUCGUUGAUAUUUGUAUUCAAAACACCAGAUGUACUGUUCGCGCCCUUAUAGAUACAGCUUCUGAAGCUACUUUUAUAUCCAAAAGACUUCAGACGAAGCUCUCUUUACCCACUAAAUCCUCGCAAACUCAGAUCACAGGUUUAAGUGGUUCCCUAACUGCCACAGCUACACGUAUAUGUUCACUUACUAUCAGUUCCCCCAUUGAAAAACAAUUUGUAACCCAAGCUGACGCGUAUGUAAUUAAUAAAUUGACUGGUGAUUUACCCUACCAUGAUAUUUCGAGUCUCUUAACAUCUAAGUUUCCAGAUAUUCAAUUAGCAGAUACUUUCUCCAACAUAUCUUCUCAUAUCGAUCUACUAUUAGGUGGAGACGUUUACCCUAAAAUAAUUCGAGAUGGAGUACGAUACGAUCCAAACCAAUCCAUUGUAGCACAAUGUACUAUCUUCGGAUGGAUAUUGACGGGUAAGCUCGAGUCGGAGUCCACGCAGCCCCUUCGUUCUAUCUCGUCAUUUAUGAACACCCUUGAAUUAAAUAAACAAUUAACUCGUUUCUGGGAAUUAGAAGAUUUACCCAACAAAGUAACCCUAUCUGAAGAAGAUAAUUUAUGCGAGAAUUUGUAUAAAACUACCACUUUUAGGGACCCCAAUGCACGCUUUGUUGUGUCGCUUCCCUUUAAGUCUAGUUUCCCCGAUUCUGUUUCUCUUGGUCUAUCUCGAGGCAUAGCUUUUUCGCAAUUUACUAGAAAUGAGACUCGUUUACUGAAAAACCCCAAUCUCAAAGAUGAAUAUGAUCGCGUUAUUGAAGAAUAUGCUACACUAGGCCAUAUGCAGCUGGUACACCCCACUCCUUCUGUCAACCCCAACACAUCGUACUAUUUACCUCACCACUCAGUUAUAAAACCUGAAAGUACCACCACCAAACUUCGCGUAGUUUUUAACGCAUCUAGUCCAAGUUCCAAUGGCACUAGUUUAAACGAUGUUUUAUACCCAGGGCCGACUCUACAGCAAGACUUAACGAUUCUUAUUUCUCGAUGGCGUCUAUUUCGUUUCGUCUUCAAUGCCGACAUCGAGAAGAUGUAUCGACAGAUUCGCGUUCACCCCUCUCAUACCCUCUAUCAACGCAUUAUCUUCAGAAAGACACCAAAUGUUGAACCCCAGGACUUUGAAUUAAAGACUGUCACAUUUGGAGUCAAUUGCGCCCCCUAUUUAGCAAUAAGAACCUUGCUAGAACUAGCUAAGAUAUGCGAAUCACAAUACCCUGAAGUUUCAAACAUUCUCCGCAACUACAUGUAUGUUGACGAUGUUUUGGCAGGCUCACAUGAGUUGUCCCAUGCUAUCAGUGCUCGUGAUAAUCUUAACCGAGUUUUAAAUUCUGCUGGAUUCUCCCUACGUAAGUGGAUUUCUAAUGAUAAAACCCUUUUGGAAGGUCUUAACCCCGAACACCUUCUGAAUGCCGACUUUCUAAAAUUGUCUGACAAUGCCACGACAAAAACUUUAGGAUUAAGAUGGAAUGCAGGCCAAGACUUUUUCUAUUUCAACCCUUCUAGACACCCCAACAGAGAAACCACUACCAAAAGAGAAGUUCUGUCAGAAAUAGCACGACUUUUUGACCCCGCUGGCUGGCUAGCCCCUAAAAUCGUAACUGCCAAAAUGAUCAUGCAAAAGAUAUGGCUAGAUAAAACAGAAUGGGACGAAAACAUCAAAGAAGACACCCUUAAACAAUGGCAUUUGUUCUUAAAGGACUACCCUAAUAUUGAAAAAAUCAAUAUACCCCGUUUUGUCGAUUAUAACCCCACAUUCUUUUCUGAGUUGCACGGUUUUUGUGAUGCCUCAGAAAAGGCGUAUUGCGCAACCCUUUAUCUAAGGACAACUGCUCCUAGUGGUAACAUUUUUACGCACUUACUACUCGCAAAAACCAAAGUAGCACCUGUCAAAUUUGUGACACUACCAAGAAUAGAGUUAUGUGGUGCAGAAUUAUUGGGCAAGAUGAUCCAUACUUUCCGCGCUCAAAUAAAUAUUGACAAAUGCGAUCUUUAUCUUUGGACAGACUCAAUGAUAGUCCUUGCUUGGCUGGGAAAGCACCCCUCUCACUGGACGACAUUCGUUGCUAACAGAAUUGCAUCUAUUGUCGAAAAGGUUGGCAAUGAUAAAUGGCGCCACGUUUGCUCGAAAGAUAACCCUGCCGAUCUAGGAUCACGAGGUCUAUCUGCUCAAGACUUGAUUUCCAACUCCUUAUGGUGGCAUGGGCCCCACUGGCUAAGUCGCCCACGUUUUGAUUGGCCCUCUAGACCCAUUAUAUCAGAAACCCAUGAAGAAGUACGACCAGUUAAAACUCACCUUUCUCAAUUACCCGAUGAAGAUAUUCUCUCCCGAUUUUCAGAUCUCGCUAGAGCAAUACGUGUGAUUUCAUACAUCUUCCGUUUUUAUAAUGCUACUCACCCACUAUUGAAGCAAAACUUUAAUUGUCCCACUGUAGAUCUCCAACAUUCAGAAAUGAAAUUUGUAAAGAAUCGCCUAAUAGUGAUUUGUCAGAACCUCCACUUUUCCGAAUAUAAUUUGCUCUCUCGAGGAAUAGUUUUGCCGCGUAAAAGUCAUUUGUUACCUUUGAAUCCAUUUAUUGAUCCCACCGAGUUUUUGAGGGUAAACGGAAGGCUGUCUCAGUGCCCCACAUUAUCAUAUGAGGAGAGAUUUCCAAAAAUUCUACCCUAUGCAGGUCGUUUCACAAGACUGUAUCUAGAACUUCUUCAUAAGUACUCUGUUCAUGGUGAAAACUCACUCCUUUUGCGUCUAAUGCGAUUAGAGUUUUGGGUUCCUAAGCUCAAAAAUUUAAUAAAGACUACAAUUAGUAACUGCAAACUUUGUGUUUUGUAUAAACAUAAACGAAGUCAACAAAUUAUGGCUGCACUUCCGCCCGAAAGAACCACCCUUUUACGCCCCUUCACUAAUACAGGCUUAGAUUUCGCUGGCCCUUUUCACAUCAAGACAUUCGCGGGUCGAGGAUGUAAGAUCACCAAAGGAUACGUCUUGGUACUCGUGUGUUUCUCUACGAAGGCCAUACACUUAGAAGCUACCAGUGAGAUUUCCACACAAGCAUUUUUGGCUGCGUUUGCGCGUUUUUUCUCUCGACGUGGUACCCCCAGGGCUAUCUUCUCUGAUAAUGGCACAGCCUUUGUAGGAGCAUCAAAUAUACUCAAUCGUGACCAAUCCACUUUUCUCAAUACGGUUAGGAGAAAUCUGAUGUCCCAACAGGUCUUUCAAACCCUUGAAUGGCACUUUAUUCCCGCUGGUGCACCGCACAUGGGUGGCCUUUGGGAAGCCGGUGUUAAGUCUCUUAAAGCUCACCUCAAGAAAAUCACUCAUGCCCAAAAUUUUACGUUCGAAGAGUUUACCACUAUGCUUGCUAGAAUAGAAGCAUGUCUCAACUCCAGACCAUUGAGUCCCAUGAGUGAUAAUCCCGAAGACUUAUGCGCUCUCACACCCGGACACUUCCUAAUCGGAGCUCCCUUACUUUCACCCCCUGAACCAGACUUCAGUAGCCAGUCUUUGAGCUACAUAAACCGAUGGCAAAAACUGAAGUUGCUUCACCACCAUUUUGCUUGUCGAUGGAAGAAUGAAUAUCUCCAAGAAAUGCACAAACGCAUAAAAUGGAAGUAUCCCCAAAGGAAUUUUGCAGUUAAUGACCUUGUUGUGGUGAAACAAGAUAAUCUCCCCCCAUACGAAUGGCGUGUGGGACGCAUAGAGAAACUAAUCCCCGGCGAUGAUAAUAACGUCAGAGUUGUUUCCAUCCGUACAUCCACUGGUCUUAUUUUAAGACCAAUAGUUAAACUCGUCCUACUCCCAUUUUCUCAUACUAACUAA